AAAUCUCCAUUUCUCAUUGUUGUUGUUGUUGUUGCAGUUGAUGUCACUAAGAAGGCUGACCCAAAGGCCAAGGCCUUGAACGCUGUGAAAGCUGUAAAAUCAGGGAAAAUCAUUAAGAAGAAGGCGAAGAAGAUCAGGACGAAGGUGACAUUCCACAGGCCAAAGACAUUGACAAAGGCUAGAGACCCCAAAUACCCACACAUCAGUACCACUCCAAGGAACAAGUUGGACCACUCCGGAAUCCUCAAGUACCCACUCACCACAGAGUCUGCAAUGAAGAAGAUCGAAGGCAACAAGGCCUUGGUUUUCAUUGUUGACAUUCGUGCUGACAAGAAGAAGAUCAAAGAUGCUGUCAAGAAGAUGUAUGACAUUCAGACCAAGAAAUUCAAUACCCUCAUUAGGUACACACAUUCUUGAAAGCAAAAAUUUCUUUAUAGAGAGAUGGGUUUAUAAUAUAAAACAUGGAUGAUGAGGUGAGUGAAAUGCUUUGUUUGCAGGCCUGAUGAAACGAAGAAGGCUUAUGUGAGAUUGACUCCUGAUUAUGAU